AUGUACAGGCGUAGCUAUGUUCUCCAGACCCUCAAGGAGCAAUACAAGCGCUCUGAUGAGGCGCUGCGCUCCCGGGAGCCAGACGGCUCUAGCUCUGGCACCGCGCAGAGCCUAGCCUCACUGCAGGGGCUCGGCGAACGCGUGGCCGCCUACGUACAGCGGGCCCGCGCGCUAGAGCAGCGCCAUGCGGUCCUUCGCCGGCAGCUAUACGCCUUUCGGUGCCUGGGCGACUUGGCUGGCCCAGAGGAGGCCCUCGCUCGGCAAGUGGAGAGCAACCGCCAGCGUACUAGGGACCUGGCGGCGGAGCGUUCCCGGCUGGAGCGUCAGGGAGCCGAAGCGCAGCGCGCGCUCGACGAGUAUCGGAGCAAGUAUGAAAAUGAGUGUGAAUGUCAACUGCUGCUAAAAGAAAUGCUUGAACGGCUUAACAAGGAAGCAGAUGAAGCUUUACUGUAUAAUCUUCGCCUUCAAAUCCAAGCCCAGUAUCUGCAGGAUGAUAUCAGUGCAGCAAAGGACAGGUACAAAAAGAAUCUUCUGGAAAUUCAGACCUAUGUCAGCAUCCUGCAGCAGAUCAUACAGACGACUCCUCAAGCAUCUACCAUUAUGGGUGGGAUGGCCGAGGAGAAGCUUCUGACUGAACAGAAGGUUGCUGUCCUGCAGAGCCAGCUGGAUGAGAGCCGAGGCACCCUCUCUCACCUCCAGAUGCAGAGGUCCAGGCUGCAGACUGAGCAGCUCUUACAGGGCCAGUGCAAUUGA